UAGUUGCGGGCUGCUGUGCUGUUGCUGUCGUGGCGUGGCUGGUCGCGCCAGGCGGGGAACUUCACCACACUGGAGCCCGGAGUCCCACUCUCUCACCUGCGCAGUUCGGAGCUGCCAUGGGUCUCUCGCCUGGAUUUACUAUCCUAAUUAUUUUACCGGCCUUUCUGCUGCGCACAAGCGGCCUUUACAUCGCCAGUAGCGUUGACUCCCUGCAGCACGUCCUGGGGGAGUAUGGACUGGUGAGGCCGAUCAGUGUGGAUGCAGAGGGCCGCUUCCUGUCGCAUGCCAUCUCAGCCGGCCUAGUGGCAGAGGGGCAGCCCCGUAGGCGCCGGAGGAGGGAGGUAGGAGUGGGGGAUGAUGAGUGGGAAGGACCAAGAGGAGAACCAGCACCCUCUCUGGAAAGGCUUUACUACAAUGUCAGCAUCUUCGGCCGGGAGUUCCACCUGUGCCUGCACCACAAUGCCAGGCUGGUGGCCCCCGGAGCCAAGAUGGAGUGGCGCGAUGACAGCGACAGCACCCGACACACGGAGCAACUGCAUGACGAAUGCUUGUACGUUGGUGACAUCACAGACACACCAGGAGCCUCUGUGGCUAUCAGCAACUGUGACGGCUUGGCUGGUAUGAUCAGGUUGGAGCAGGAGGAGUUUUAUAUCGAGCCGGUGGAGAGGGGCGAUGGAGUGAUAGAGGAGGAGGAGAGGGAAGGCGGAGGAGGAAGGACACACAUUGUGUAUCGCUCCUCAGCUGUAAAGAAAACACCCAUCAGCAGCGCGGCGGCAGACUACCACUCCAGAGGUGCUGAUUUGGGGGGUCUGAUGGACCUUGAGUCCUUGUACCGAGGUGUGGAGCAGAGCAUAAACCACACCCGUGCAGGGCGGAUGCGCAGACAGAGCCUGGACAGAGCAUACAACAUCGAGGUACUGCUGGGCGUUGACGACUCUGUGGUCCAGUUUCAUGGAAAGGAACACGUCCAGAAGUACCUGCUCACACUCAUGAACAUAGUGAAUGAGAUCUACCAUGACCAGUCUUUGGGGGCCAAAAUCAACGUGGUGCUGGUGCGGAUUAUCAUGCUUGGCUACGGCAAGUCUAUGAGCCUGAUUGAACUGGGGAACCCCUCUCAGAGUCUGGAGAAUGUGUGUCGCUGGGCCUUCCUGCAGCAGAAACAGGACACGGGGGACGCGGAGUAUCACGACCACGCCAUCUUCCUCACGCGACAGGAGUUUGGGCCCACCGGCAUGCAGGGUUAUGCCCCAGUGACAGGUAUGUGCCAUCCCGUCAGGAGCUGCACUUUAAAUCAUGAGGAUGGGUUCUCCUCUGCCUUUGUGGUUGCACACGAGACUGGACAUGUGUUGGGGAUGGAGCACGAUGGCCAGGGGAACCGCUGUGGAGAUGAGGUGCACAUGGGCAGCAUCAUGGCGCCACUUGUGCAAGCUGCCUUUCACCGUUUUCACUGGUCCAGAUGUAGCAUGCAGGAGCUGGGACGCUACCUGAGCUCCUAUGAUUGUCUCCGUGACGACCCCUUUGACCACAACUGGCCGUCGCUGCCCCAACUCCCUGGUUUGCACUACUCCAUGAAUGAACAGUGCCGCUUCGACUUUGGUGUUGGCUACACCAUGUGCACCGCGUAUCGCACAUUUGACCCAUGUAAGCAGCUGUGGUGUAGCCACCCAGACAAUCCCUUCUUCUGCAAGACUAAGAAAGGACCGCCCAUCGACGGCACCAUGUGUGGGAAUGGGAAGCAUUGCUUUAAAGGUCAUUGCAUCUGGCUGACCCCUGACAUCAUCAAGCAAGAUGGAAACUGGGGUUCAUGGAGUGAGUUUGGACUGUGCUCCCGCACCUGUGGUAGAGGAGUACAGUUUCGCACACGCGACUGUGACAAUCCUAGACCAGCCAAUGGAGGCCGCACCUGUGUUGGUUCAAAUUAUCAGUUCCAGAUGUGCAACAUCAACGAGUGUGAAGACAUCUACAGCGACACGAGAGAGGAGCAAUGCCAGGCUUUGGACCCUCGCUUUGAACUCCAUAGCAACAAGCACCAUUGGUUGCCUUAUGAACACCCAGACCCUAAUAAACGCUGCCACCUGCAUUGCCAGUCCAAAGAGACACGCGAUGUAGUCUUUAUGCAGAGGAUGGUCCUGGAUGGCACACGCUGCUCAUACAAGGACCCGCACAGUGUGUGUGUACGGGGAGAGUGUGAGAAAGUGGGCUGUGACGGGGUGGUGGGCUCCUCGAAGCAGGAGGAUAAGUGUGGAGUGUGUGGAGGAGACAACUCCAGCUGCAAAACCUUCAAAGACACCAUCACACGUACUGCCAAGAAACAAGGUUACCUCAAAGUUCUUGAAAUCCCCAGAGGAGCCAGACACUUACUGAUCCAAGAGCUGAAAGCAACCUCACACACUUUAGCUGUGAAAAACGUGGCAUCAGGACUGUUUUUCUUAAACGGGGAAAAUGAAUACCCAGAAUCCCAUUCUGUCAUAGAGAAAGGCGUAGAGUGGGAAUACGAGAAUGACAACGACAAGGAGACUCUUCAAACCAGUGGUCCUCUCAGACAUGGGGUUCUUAUCAUGAUGAAAUUAUAUGGAGAUGAGGAUGUGAAUUUGUCCUACAAAUACAUGAUGAACAUGGACAGUGACUCUGCUAUUCAAAACAACAUGCUGGUAGAGGACAGUGCCUACGAGUGGGCUCCAAAGAAAUGGUCCUACUGCUCCAAGCCCUGUGGUGGAGGGAAGCAGUACCUGCGAUACGGCUGCAGAAGAAAAGUUGACAGCAAGAUGGUCCACAAGAGCUUCUGUAACAAAUCCAACAUGAAACCUCGUGGAGACAUCAGAGAUUGCAACCAGAAGCCAUGCCCUCCACCUAUCUGGGUGACAGGGGACUGGCAGAACUGCAGCAAGCCAUGUGGAAAGACGGGGAUGCAAGUCCGCUCGGUUAGCUGUGUGCAGCCAUCAGAUGACAACACCACACGCUCAAUCCACAAUAAGCACUGCAAUGACAACCGGCCUGAGUCUCGCAGACCCUGCAACCGUCACCCCUGCCCCACCCAGUGGAGAGUCGGACCAUGGUCACAGUGCUCAGUGACAUGUGGUAAUGGAACCCAGCAGAGGCAGGCUCUCUGCCACACCAGGGACAACACCAUCGGUCUGUGUCUGGACAGUAAGCCUGACACCAUCAGAGUCUGUCGCAUGGAUCCAUGUCCCAAGGGCUCAUCUGACCACAACAAGAACGGCAACAUCCUGAUCCAGUGGCUCUCUCGCCCCAACCCAAACUUCUCAAAGAUCUCUUCACGCCAGCGUUGUCAUGGAGACCGCUCAGUGUUCUGUCGUAUGGAGGUGCUGAAGCGCUACUGCUCUCUACGGGACUUCCAGCGCAUGUGCUGCAAGUCCUGCAGCAAUGUUACCAUCACAGAGUCUCUACCCAUCCCUACCUCCCAAUCCACACUCAUGGCCUCCACCCAUUGGCCCAGUGUUACGCCUCCUCCACCCAGCAGCACCCCCAGCUUGGGUUUCACCACCAUCCAACCAGCAGGAGCUGUCGUCACCCCCUCUUUACCUUCCACCAUUAGUCCCUGGGACACUGUUCAUCCUCCUACCACUGCUGUUCCUUAUUCCAGCACCUUCCCCACUUCUCAGAUGAUUACCACUCACCCUCCACCUGCCACCAGUGUUCCCGUCUUUUCCACUACCAUGUCAGUGGUAACCACACCUGUCAUUACAACCUUUCCCAGUGUUACAGCUCUAUCGCUGCCUGUGCCUGCCCCAGACACAGACCAGAGCACAGUGCCACAGCCACCGACCACUACAAAUAGUCCAACAACCCCUAGUAUGAUCAGUACCAUACAACUUCAAACAACAACCAGUCCAGUUAUGACAAAUCCAACAGAAAGCAGCACAAAAACAGAUGCCCCAAUGACGCCCAAAAAGAAUGACCCCCUUAAGAAACCCCCCAAAAAGGUAAUCCCACCAAAGAUAAAUCCAAAAAAGAAUACAGCUGCAAAAAAUAUCACAAACAAAGACUUUCCACCAAAGAUCAAUCCAAAAAAGAAAACAAUCACCAGUACAAAAAAGUCUACUCCAGGAAAAACUCCAUCAAAAAAGCUUCCACCAGUAAAAACCACACUGAAAAAGACAACCAUAGUGAAAACUACCUCCAAACAGACAACUCCAGUAAAGACAACACCCAAAAAGAUGACUCCAGUAAAGACUACCCCAAAAAAGACUACUCCUGCAGGCACAACCCCUAAAAAGACACCCUAUGUAAAAACCACUCCUAAAAAGACCACCCCUGUAAAGAUCACUCCCAAAAAGACUCCUCCAGCAAGCUCCAAUCCCCCUAUAAAGACCACUGUCAACAAGAUGAAGAUGACUCCUGUGAUAAAACCUGAACUCCCCCCCAAGAAAGCCAAUCCAAAAAAAAAUACUCAGCCAAAAAUAAAAAUUAUAAAGACGGAUCCCCCAAAGAAAAACUCUGAGAUGAACAAGAAUAAGUUCAAGGUGAUAAAGACCUACCCAAAAAAGAAGACACCUACAACAAAGACUUCUUAUUAUACCACAGUUCCCACUCCAUAUCCAAGUCAACUGGGAGACAUUAUGUCUUCCACCGUCCCCACCAGCACAAGCAUACAUGAAACAGCUACAGGUAUGCCUGAGUCACGGGUCAAUGUCACAUACAUUAGCAACAACACAACAACUACAGAUGAACCUCCACUUUGGUUUCAUGAUGCUUUAGCCACAACACCCAGCACUUCUGAGGAUAUAUCAUUGACUACAACCGUACAUUUAGAAGAAGUCAGCAUACCUAGUGGAACUAUGCCGUACGGUGAUGUGACCAGCAGUGGGGAGGUUACAGGAACCAGUGGGGCCAUACUCAGCGGAGAUGACAUCACCGUGUCAUACAGCAAUGGCAGGGUGAUCAGUGACACCAUGGUGCUAGACGAUGGACUCACUGUCAUAAUCCCAACCAUCACUAGCGAAGACAUGACCGACCUUGUGUCCUCACCCUGGCUAGACCUGUCCGAGUACAUCCCAGUGGGCACAACUGUUCCGACAACAACUUUAGACCCUCCCACACGCCCGCCUUCUACCACUUUCUCUAAAAAAAGAGAAGAACCAGCCAUCACAACCAUCAUAGUCUCCACGCUGAAUCGUCAGCAGAAACCAGAGGAGAACACUGAGAACAAUUCCAUUGAUGUUGUAUACCACAGGAUCAUCGGCAUAGACAACGACAUCUCCCAGAACAAUCUGAUCCCAAAACGCCGGGUUUACCUUCGAGAGAGAACCAAGAACAAACGCAUUCAGGAGCUCCUUGAGGAAAAGCGGAACUUUCUCCUCAGGAUGAAGAGAGGCCAUGCAGCAAGAUAGACCAAGCCUUUUCAUUUCUCUCAUAGAGAUAAACAUUAUUUUACAGACUUUGUAAGCUUUGUGUAAACCCCUUGGUAGGCCUCUCCACACAAAAUUGUCUGGCAUUUCCCUAUCGUGGUAAUAAGAUCUGUCUCAAAGUGAGAAUACCCUGGCAUAUCACCCUGCCUGUGUUAGCAAAAUCAUGACUAAAAGGGACGGUAUGCAUCCAGCACUUUAUAAAAAUAACCCCACACACAGUUCUGUUUUAGGAUCCAUUUAUGAUGUAGGUAAGGCUAAGGUAGUUAAUUAGCUGGAAUUAUCCCUUAUGGCACUUAUGGAGCAGCAAAAUCUACCACCAAGAAUCCAACAGUACAUCUCAAUAUUAUAUGACAGCCCAGGACUGCAGUUCAUUUCCCCAUAAACACAUAUCAGUACUUCUCGACCCUUCAUAAAGCAGCUGUCAGCUCACUGUAUCACUGCUUCGUGGAGCAUCGAAAGCAAUAUGAUACUAUUAUACUCUCAAGAAGUCCAUUUUUUCCUCUCAUUGUGUGUUGUGAAGUUUACACUGCUUAGAUUGUGUGGCCUUUUUAGAGCAAGUGUCUGAAACGUGGGGUCUUGAAUCUCUCAGGAACUUAAGGUGCAGAAUAAAAUGCAAACAUUUGGUGCUUUGUGAAUUUUAAUAAUAUAUUUUCAUAUCUCAUAGGACAGGUAAAAAACAUUGGUCUUUUAUAAUGGUCAGUCUAUUGUGGUGCUUUUCUUUGUCAGUUUCACUUAAAUCGAUGCCCCUCAUGGAUUCAGUUAUGGACAUAAAAAUGUUAAUAAAAUGAAAAAGCUUGUUUGUAUGAAUUGUAUCCAGAGAGAAGCUUUAAAGGCCAGUUUUUUUUUUUGUUUUUUUUUUGCUUAAAGUUUUAUAUUGGUACAUGUCUUACUUGCAGCAGCU